AAACUUGUUGUUUUUUAAUUUCGGGAAGAAAAUGUUAGUCAAAAGUGUGUGUAAAUAAAUCGAACUAUUUGCUUAGAAUUAUCAAAUCGACGCCAGGCACGCCACCGAGUACUAUCUGCCCCCCCACCCACAACCACAGCCAACCCGUGCCCGCGGAUAUCCGCUAUCAGCAGUUCCCCAGUUCCGCAGUUCCAGUGACGCAGCUGAUCCGAAGAUCCCUAGCUCCAGCUCCAGCUCCCCAACGAGUCCGAUCAUGUCCAGCGACGCCAAUACGCCAGUGCUGCGCAACUGCAUCCGGCUGCCGCUGCCGGAGGAGGAGCUCCUGGAGGUGACGGCCAAGGCCAAGGACUAUGCCAUCAUGCACGGCGCCGCCAUGCGAUCGAAGACCGCCUUCAGCCAGGACUCCCUGAACUUCGCCCCCUUUGUCCUGGUGCCAUCCUCGUUUCCGCGCAAGGAGUUCGAGAAGGCGGUGGCCCUGCAGCCGAUCAUCAACCGGCUGAUGCACAACGUGGCCCAUGACGAGGAGUUCAUCACCACAACGCUGGCGGAGACGAUCAAGGUGGACGAGUUCACGGCCAAUCUGUUCAACAUCUACCGCAAGGUGCUGGCGCACGGGUUCACCCAGAAAAUAUCGCUGGGGAUGCUGCGCAGCGAUCUGAUGCUGGAGUCCGGCUGUCCGGAGUUGUCGCCCCGGGCGCUACGGACGACGGCUGGCGAGGAUGCGGCUGCUGAUGUGGGAAAAGGAGCCGGAACUGCUGCUGCUGCUGCUGGCACGGGCAGAAAGGAGGAGGAGAAGGAGAAGGAGAAGGAGGAGCAGAAGGAGCACAGGGAGAAUCAACUGAGCCGGGCCACCAAAGAGCGGGAACGGAGGGCGACCGGCAUUCAAUCCGCAUACUGCUGCUGGAAACAAGUCGAGAUCAAUACAAUAGCUUCGGGCUUUGGCCAUUUGGGACCAGCAAGUAAAACCAUACAAAGAUUUGUACUUAGCGAACUGGGACAUGCGGAUAAGCUGCACAAUAUGCCCAACAAUAACGCCCUGGCUGGACUCUGCGAUGGCAUGGUCAAGGCCUGGGACAUCUAUGCCAAGCCAAAGGCUGUGAUCCUGUUCAUCAUCGAGGAUGUGUCGUACAACAUCUGCGACCAGCGGUUCCACGAGUUCUACAUUCGCGAGACCUAUCCGCACAUCAAGGUGCUGCGUCGCACCCUCACCGACGUCCAUCGGGAGGGCAAACUGGGCCUGGCCAAGGAGCUCUUACUGGGAACCCAGGAGGUGGCCGUGAUCUAUUUCCGAGCUGGCUACGAGCCCGGACAUUAUCACUCGCAGGCGGAGUGGGAUGCCCGCUAUCUGAUGGAGACCUCGCUGGCCAUCAAGUGCCCCUCGAUCCACUACCAUCUGGCGGGCACCAAGAAGGUGCAGCAGGCACUGGCCCAGCCGGCGGUACUCGAGCGGUUCAUCAACGAUCCCGAGGAGAUCAAGGCGGUGGGCAAGAUCUUUACGGGUCUCUAUUCGCUGGACGACAACGAGGCGGGCAAUGCCAGCUACGAGAUGGCGCUGCGCACUCCGGAGAGAUUCGUGCUGAAGCCGCAGCGCGAAGGAGGUGGCAAUAAUGUUUACGGCGUGGACAUACCCGAUGCCCUAAAGCGCAUGUCGCGCGUGGAGCGCUCUGCCUGGAUCCUGAUGGACCUGAUCCACCCGCCGCUGACCAAGGGCUAUAUGGUGCGACCCGGUGGCGAUAUGCCGCCCCAGAUCGUCGACAUGGUCUCCGAGCUGGGCAUCUUUGGCGUGGUGAUCGGGGAUGCCGAGCACAUAGUGCACAACUACCAGGCGGGACACAUGCUGCGCACGAAGCUAUCGACCGCCAACGAAGGAGGCGUGGCCGCCGGAUUGGGCGCCCUGGACAGUCCCUAUCUGAUCGACAGCGAUGACGAUGACGAACAGAAUUAGGCUAGGAUCCCUAAAGCGAAUGGUCCAUACGCCGGCAUUCCACCUGUUGCCUCAGUCUUGUAUAAAUGAUUAUUUUUGUAAA